CUUAUUUUUUUAUCCUCUCAUUCUUUGAAUUAGAAUUUGACUUCAAAUAUUGUAAAGCACUUCUUUCCGCUCCUUAUCUAUUUAUUCCCCUUUUCUGAAAGUUUUUGCAGAACAAUCGAAAUGUCGUUUAUGAAAUGGAUGAGCGGUAGCAGCAACCUUGGCGGAGGAAACAACAGCAAUGGGAACUCGCAUUCGGCCAACAGCGGCAACGGCGCCGCGCACAGUGACUGGCCAGAUAACGACGACAGAUACUUUGGACUGAUGAACGUCGGCAACACAUGUUACUGCAGCUCAGUUCUUCAGUCACUUUACUUUUGCCGGGCAUUCCGCGACUGCGUCAACAACUACCCUUAUCCCCGGGCCCUGCCUGGAACACAAACGUGUGCAUCGGGGCCGUACCAAAGACGUGCAGAGAUAUCGAGUGGCAGCAAGACAACGUUGCAGGCGGCAGAGAGGUCGGCAUCAACGCUGGGAAUUGCGCAGACGGGAAGGGAGGAGCAGGAGGGCGGAGGUGCGGAGAGUGUGGCUGCGAGCACGAGCAGCAAGGGCCGUGCGCUGCUGACUAUCCGCGAGCGGGCGUCUGGGUUGCGCAGGAAGAAGGGACGGAGUGGCAGUGAUGCGGGUGAUUCAGCGAAUGGUUCUGGGGACCACAAGAUUGUGGGCGCACUACUGGACUGCGCCGACUUGAUGGCAAACGGGAGCAGCGAACAUUCCGCCCUAGUGCAGCAGCAGCCACCACCAGCAGCAGCAGCAGCUCCGCCGGCAUCACUGCUGGAGCGCUCAGCAAUCGAAGCCCAGGCUGACAACGUCUCGAGUGCGGCCAAAUACGGGGUGGCCAGCAGCAUGUUCACAGAGCUCAAAGAUCUUUUUUGGCAAAUCUCCACGCGCACGCAGCGCACUGGCAACCUGUCACCGCAGGGCCUGGUAUCAAAACUCAAGGAAACUAACGAGUUGUUCCGCAGUAACGCGCACCAGGACGCGCACGAAUUUCUCAAUUACAUUUUAAACGAGAUUGUCGAGAAUGUCGAGGCCAUUUACCGUGACAAGCGUUUGCAGUACGGCGCCGGCGCGCCCAUCCAUGGCGAUAAUGUGUUCCAUGGCAAAACCUGGGUCCACACGCUUUUCGAAGGUCUGUUGACCAAUGAGACGCGGUGCUUGAGCUGUGAAAACGUCACCAGUCGUGAUGAGCGCAUUUUGGACGUUUCUGUGGAUAUCCACGAGAAUGCCUCGGUGACCCACUGUCUCAACCAGUUUGCCGCCGGCGAGCUCCUAUGCCAUAACAACAAGUUUUACUGUGACAAUUGUGGUGGAUUGCAGGAGGCUGAGCGCCGCAUGCGACUGAAAAGACUGCCCAAUAUCCUGGCACUGCACUUGAAGCGCUUCAAGUACCAUGAGGGCCUGGGUCGCUACGUCAAACUGUCUUACCGCGUAAAUUUCCCGACCGAGUUGCGCGUACCCAAUACUACGGAGGAGACGGCGGACAUUUUGUACACGCUGGCUGGAGUCGUCGUGCAUUUGGGCGGCGGACCCUUCCACGGCCACUACAUCUCUAUUGUGCGUAGUGGCGACACAUGGGUGCUUUUCGAUGACGAUUCAGUUGAGAUUAUACAGGAGAGCGAGCUGGGAAACUAUUUUGGCGAUCAUCCCAACUUUGGAUCCGGGUAUGUCCUGUUUUAUGAGCGCGUGGAUUUCGAUUCCACGGAGUAUGAUUUGCCACGUGCGUACAGCUCCGAGACAGCAGCAGCAGCAGCAGAGGCAGAGGCAGAGACGGAGGUGGAGCCCGUGGUUGUGGCUGGGAAAGAUGUGCAAGAUGAAGAGGAGGAGGAGGAGGAGGCUGUUUUGAUGUCGCCGAGAACCCAAGCAAAGACCUUGAAUUCUUCUGUGACCAUGCCCAAUUUGGAACAGGCAGCGAAAACAUCCUUGGCGCCGAUAUCAGCACUGACGGCGAGCGGCGGCGGCGACAACAAUGUGGACAAGCCGAAAUUCAAAGCGCCCAUGCGUCCGCCGCCGCUGAUAUCAACAACCAGGUCUUUCCGCGGUAACCUGGAUGCUUCGCAGAUGAGCCCAGGACCAUUGCGCACGCCCACAAUGCCGAACAGUGCCAUGAUGCCAACAAUGCCCACCCCGCAGAUGAGCACGUUCAUGGGACAGCAACAGCCAAUGCAGUCGUUGCAGCAGACUGGUUGGUCUGCUGCCAGCGAGGGCCCGGCUGGAAUGCCAAUGUUGUAUUCUCCGUUGGCUGCCAGUGCUCAGUCUAGCGGCAAUGGCGGAGGCGGGCCGAGUGCUGCUGCUGCGGCGGCAACGAAUGGCUCGACUGAGGCAUCAUCGCGCAUUACUAUGGCUAAGAGUCGGUCAUGGUUCAGCCGACGCUCCAAAAAAUAAAAAUAAUACUAUUGUUUCUUUUUCACGUGUGCUUGUUAUUCGUCACUUUCUUUUUUUUCUUUAUUUCGUCGUUGC